AUGCAAUUACGCUCAGUGCAUUCCAGAGGCGUUCCUUUGAAUUCUGUGCAGGUCUGCCUACCAUUCCUGGGAGAAAGGAAGAAAAAGGGAGGAAAAGUCUCUCUCUCUCCUGGAGACGGAAUGUCUGCACUUUCCAUCCUCUUUUUAGCUUCCUGUUCAGUUUGGAUGUCAGGGGCUCAAACGGAGUUUAAGAGGGUGGCUGAGGAAAACGUCACUCUGCCCUGUCACCACCGUCUGGGCCUCCUGGAGCCAAGAAGCCUGGAUAUUGAGUGGCUGCUGCAUGAUUCCAAAGCCGACCAAAAAGUGGUUAUCACCUACUCUGGAGGCAACGUGUAUAAUGACCUGAAUGAGGGGCAAAAAGGUCGUGUUUCCUUCACCUCCAAUUUCCUAGCUGGAGACGCCUCCUUACGCAUUGUAUCUCUGCAGCCAAGUGAUGCGGGGCAGUACACGUGUAAAGUUAAAAAUGCCGGGCAGUACGAGUGGUAUCGCAUUACCCUGCUUGUUCUAGAGAAACCUUCCAAGCCCAAAUGCUGGGUGGAAGGCGAGCUUUUUGAAGGAAAGGAACUCUCCUUGCAGUGCAAUUCUGCCUCCGGCACAGCACCCAUCAAGUACCAGUGGCAGCGCAUAAGUGACAAGGAAGGAAAAAUCGGACACUUGCCACCCACGGCACGAGUCAACAUUUCUAACCCUGGGCAAGUUCUAAUGAAGAAUCUCACACAGAUGGUUACAGGGUUAUACCAAUGCACUGCCUCCAAUGACGCUGGACAAGAGACCUGUGUUGUGCAGGUGACAGUGCAGUACGCACGAAGUGUUGGCAUGGUCGCCGGAGCAGUGUGUGGGGUGGUGGUGGGAAUCUCCCUGGUCUUCCUGAGCGUGUGGCUGACAAUAAGGAGGAAAGAAAAGAAGAGGUAUGAAGAAGAGGAGGCCCCAAAUGAAAUCAGAGAAGAUGCAGAGGCUCCAAAAGCCCAUCUAGUCAAACCCGGCUCCUCUUCCUCUGGCUCCAGAAGCUCACGUUCAGGCUCCUCCUCAACCAGAUCGACAGCCAACAGUGCCUCUCGCAGCCAACGGACUUUGUCCACGGAAGCCACCCCUCGUAUAACUCCUCCGCAGUACAGCCGGGUGGAGACAGAGGGAAGGGAAAUUGAUCCAAAGAAAGUUAACCAUGCCACCCUGGUGAAAAUGGGAGCCACCCCAGUCAUGCUGCCUGCUCAGAGCCGGGCCUUCCAGACCGUUUGA